AUUUAAGAAUCGUAUGCCUCCUCACCUGCCUUGUCUGCUGACCUGGCUUCCCUGCCACAUAAAUAAGAACCCACCCCUCAGGUCCUUCGUUUAUAAUUGUAACUCUCCAUCUCUCUUGUUUUAGUUGCAAGAUACCGCAAUCUUACAAAUGGCAGCAAUAGAAGGACCAGCUAAUGACAGAAAGGGCUCUUCCAUCAAUAAAUCCAGUUUUGAUGUAGAGACUUUCUGUCAAAGACACCUCAAGUGUAAGGAAUGCAAUAAAAGCUAUAUAGAUCUAUCAUACUACCCUGCCUUCAUACAUACUGCUUGGCCAAAAUCCUCUACAUGGGAAACCUUGGCAGAUCAAAUUAAACAAUAUAUGCAGACAGAACGUUUGAACAUUGUUUAAAUGUAUUUUCAGGCUCUGUAUGAGUGUCUGUAGAUCUAUAUGAUAUUACACAGACACAGGGACAUUUCUUAGUCUGGCUUGCCAGACUAGAUAUUUCUAAUGAUGUGGCCAGUGGUCUACAAAGCAAACCCAGAUCAUAAUAAUGGCUGCUAUAUUCUAAUUGUUCCUCAAGUUAAUGUAGAUGAAUAGCCUAGUCCAUUUCCUCAAAAGCAAUGCUACAAAACUAUAGGUGGCUCUUUUAGUGUACACUACCAAUGAUAACUUGCAUGUGUAAACUGUAAAAAUACUACUAAUAAUGUUACAUACUUUUAAUGUUAUUAGCAGUAAUACUACAAGCAUGUGCUAAGUGUUGAAUUCAAUAUCAGCAUUUAUGCCAUUCCAUUUUUAUAGCUGACUACAUUUGUUAUAAAUGAUGCAAUGGAAUUUCCCAUCAAAUCACAUGUCUGCUUUCUGUCUGUCCUUCCCAUUUAUAUAUACCACUAAAAUAACAACCCUCCCCUCAGGCCAUUUGUUCUCAUUGUAGCCAUAGAUAAUAUUGCCCUCCAUCUCGCCCUUUUUUGUUACAAGAUCUGCAGCAGUCUUACAAAAUGGCAGCAUUAGAAGAGCCAGCUAUUGAGAGAGAGGAAUCUUCCAUCAAUAAAUCCAGUUUUGAUGUAGAGACUUUCUGUCAAAGACACCUCAAGUGUAAGGAAUGCAAUAAAAGCUAUGUAGAUCCUAUCAUGCUAUCCUGCCUUCAUACAUACUGCCCUGAUUGUUUCAUUCAAAAAGCUGCUGAGAAAAAAAGAAAGAGAGAAGAAAGCGCUAUAGCUAGAGAAAGCCAAUCAGUAUCAACAGAGAGUUAUGUUGUGGUACAAAGUCAAAGAGAAGGAGAAGAAAGAGCUGGUGAGGAAGAAGGCGAGGAUGAAGAAGAAGGAAUGGUGUCAGAAGAUGAGAAUCAAGAAGAAGGAGAAAGGGAGGCUGGUGCUCAGGAAGAUGAAGAAAGGUUUGUACCUCAUAAAAAAGAGAACUUGACAGCUCCUCAUGAUUGUGAUUCAGGUGAUGAUGUACAGGGUUUAGUUAACAGGCCAUUGUCUAAUAUCAUUCAUGCAGCUAAGCUUAAAGAGAAAUUGCCUCAAGGAAAGAUGGAGUGUCAGAAGUGCAAGAAGGAUAUUGCCAAAUGGAUCUGUAACAACAAAGAAUGUGGCAAUAUUCCUCUUUGUGAUUUUUGCAGAGAAGCACACAGAAGGCAGGAAGAUACAGAGGAUCAUCAAGUCAAUAAGAUUGAUCCUGAGAAAGAUUGGUGGAAAGGUAUGAAUCGUCAAACGUGGCCUUGCUCUAAGCAUCGCUCUUGAGGAAAGCCUAAAAGAACAACAGAAAGUUGAGAGGCUGAAAGACACAUUUAAAGAUGCUAAAAAUAGAGGAGAAAAUGUCAAAAGGAGCUUGGAAACAAAGCGUGAUGAUGCUAUUGCUGCCCUUAACGAUAGAUACAAUCAAUUAGUGCAACAGCUAACUGUUGAGAAAGAUAAAGCAAUAGCUAAAGCUAAUCUUAUCUGUGACCUCAAACAGAAAGAGAUUGAUGAUCACCAGGCAGUAUUGAAACGUGUAACAGAGACUCUGGAAGACAGCUUGGAGUUCAUUAGGGAUUUCUCUAAUAUUGCUAAUCCAGCUGAGUUUAUGUUUCUUAAGACUCAGCUAACCAAACGACUAGAUUACCUUUAUGACCGCUACAGUACCUUUGACUUAUCACCAGCAGAUGAUGAUGAGCUGUAUUUGAAGCCAAGCAAUGAUGACCUUCCUGCUAAAAUGUUUGGGAAAAUCUACAGUACACCAAGUGUCAAGAAAUUUGCUUUCUUGAAGCAUCAUCAAAAUAAGUUCAAUUCCGGUGUAGUUAUUACUCUAGAGUGUCGGGAUAUUUCUGGUGGCCCUGCAGCACCUGAAAGUGUGUUGCCAGAACUAAAAGCUGUCAUUACUAAUCCAAGAGAGGAUAUCACUGAUGGUUUGGCCUGUGAAGUGAAGCCAAAUAAUAAAACUCGUUGCUAUAACAUCACUGUCCCUCCAAUUAAAGAAAAAGGAUUACGGAGGGUUCAUAUCUACCAGCCUAGGCCCCAUCCUCAAAAGCAAUACUACAUACAAGGUGGCCCUUUUAGUCUACGCUACGACUGAUAAGAUACUUUAAACAAUAAACAAUAACAUGUUAAUAUUAGUAGUAGUGUACAGCUAAUAUAAUUAAAACAAAAGGCUUUUGAAAUUUGAAUGCAACUCUUUAUAAUACUGCAGUA